AUGUCGCCUUUGGAUUGGGCCAGCUUUGGGGUAGUCGCCUGCCGGGAUGGGACGUCGGCGAUGAUGGAUGCAGCUGGAAUCCACGGCAUCUGCAAAGCGCAGCUCCGAGCAGGAGACCAUGUUUACGCCUGGAAGCUUGGUUGGACGUACAAUCUCCACGGCAUAGUGGUCCACACCCAGCCUUGCUCCAAAGACUGCGUGCACGACACCCUGAAUUGCUGCGCUGUGGUACGCUUCAAGCCACCAGGAGCCGAGCCAGGCCGAAUCGAAGUGUGCUCUUUGGCUGCUUUCGCCCAAGGCAGGCAAGUACACAGAUGCCAGUAUGGCAUUUCGCAUGGCCAGUUCUUGCUCUACAGAUCGGGGACCUGUUCGACCCAGGCGGAAGAUCCAAGGGCUCUUACGGUCUUGCGGGCGCUCAGCGUGGUCGCGUUAGAUGAAGAUGAUGGCAACGAGGUCGAGUACAAUCUCCUAGUGAAAAACAGCGAGCUGCUCGCUCGCUGGUGCAAGUUGGGGGAAGCUUCUGGGGUUCGCCGAUUUCUCUCGGCGGAGACUGCACGAUCUCUCCAGACGUCCCACGGCCGAUUCAUUAGGCUGGGGCUCGCCGCCACAGUGGCCACUGCCGGCACAGCGGUCAUAGCCAAGAGUGCAAUGAGCACGGGGGCGGGAGCAGCAGCCUUGGCUGAUGCAGCUGUGAUCGGGUCCAGCACAGCCCUAAGCUUGAGAAGUGCAUUUCGUCAGCUGGCCGUCGACGCGCUGCGGACACCAAACCGGGCGCAAGAAACGCUUAGACUGGCGAGGGAUGCUGCAGAACGAACAGGACUCACACAGACUCUGUUCCCAUCUGUGCAGGACCUCGGGCGUGAGGAGCAUUUCGAAGUUCAGCGGCACGUGUUGGGGCCCUUCGUGAAUGCCUGGCUUUCAGAGCUACCGGCAUCAACACCUGCAGGGCUGCAGCUGGACUCGGCGGUGAGCUACCGGAACUUGACCGAAAUCCUGGUGAAUGUGCUGGAAGCUGGAAACCCACGCGAUACCCAGCAGUGUGCCGAGCUUGUCCAGAUCUUCUUCGACACGUUCAAGCAGGAUGAUGGAGCAGCUCGUGGCCAUGCCGGUCACCAGACUUGGGAAGAGAUCGUUCAGGCUGCAUUGUCCUGGAAGGAUGUGGCAGACUCCGAGCUUUUCAUUGCUGUGCAUGUGUUCUCGAUGCUUUCCUGGGCGCCAAUGUGCGCCUUCCGUGCUUGCCAUUCGGUCACGGCAAACGCUUUCGAACUCUGGGCUGGCCAGCCGCAGCAACAUGUCGCCCUCAGCUGGGUGCAUGUACCCAUAAAUCGGCAGAGCGACUGCCUGCGUUUCUUGGGUCAGCACUGUCGCAAUGCUCGACAGCUGACCAUCUGUGACACCACACGCUUCGGUGAACGGCAGUUGCUCCGACUGGUCUGCGGGAUGCGUUUGUUGGAGUCCUUGGAGGUGGAUGCGCCCUCCUUCGGAGGGGAUUUCCCAGAACCGCAGAGGCUCUUGGACCGAUUGGCCAAGUAUUGCCCUCGCUUGCAGCACUUGGCACUCAGCUUCCGACCCGAGAAUCCUUCCUGCCGCACCUCCUUGGAGUUGCGAGCCUUGGCCUGGCUGGGGCGGCGUCUGCUCACGCUGGACUUGGGGGCAGUCGCGAUUCGAGUUUGGGGCGGCACUCGCACCAUCGCUGCGUGCUGCCCGCUGUUGCAGCGCCUUUGUGCGCAGCUGUGUCAGCAGUCUGAUCCAAGGGACGCCGUGGAUCCCGUCGACAUAGCCCGCGGUUGCAGCGACAUCCAGGACUUGGAUCUUGCUCCUGUAGACUGGGGAAACAAAAUCGUGGAGGACUUUACGACGCAGGCACCGGGAUUGAGGCGCUUGGUUCUACGUCAUGUUGCGCUUGACGCCACAGCAGCACUCUUGGCUCCUUUAGUGGCGCUUGGCAGAGCCAGUCAGGUCGGGGGCCUUGUCAACCUUCAUUUGGCACUGCAUGCCAGAUCGGAUACCGGCAGAGCCUUGUUCUGGCUGGAGGCGAUCUCGAAACUGAAGCAGUUGAGAUCUCUCUGCCUGGAUUAUGCUGCGCCCCUUACCCUCAAGGACAUCUUGAGCUCGCUCACGUCGUCCAGUGAGGGCCACUGCAGCUUGAUGUCCUUGACGGUGCAUGGCUGCCAUGGAGUCGACGAUGCUGCACUGAGUCAUCUCGCUGCCCGUGCUCCGAAGCUGGAGCAGGUGCGACUUUUCCCGGAUUCCUGGCGGCAGGUCGGCAGUGUCACUUACGGCCUGCGCGUUCUCGUGGAGCAGCUCGCGCUCCGGAGCUUAGCGCUCAGCUCGCUGUCGCCCCUUGACGGGAACGAGGGGCUUUCUUGCGUUUGGACAGCUUGCGCCUGCAGCCCGAAUGGGGCAGCGGGUCGCAUGCUGCAGCUGGUGACCGAGCUCCCUGGGCUUUUUCGCAGAGGGGCGGACGCGGACGUGGUUGGAGCGGCGGGGGGGGCGCUGGUCUCCCGGCUCUUCGAGGACCCGUUCGACGAGUGCGAGUACCGGCUGCGGAGGUUGGAGGACUUCGUGGCGGAGCUCAACCGGAAGGGCUGGGAUUUCCCAGAGACGCCCAGUGACAUCGCCGCGCCUUCGAAGCGGCAUAACGUGGAAUCGGCCUUCUUGCAGGCAGUGCCGGACAAGGGCCUGGAGAUUCACCAGGUCUGGAAGACGGCCUGGGAGUUCUGCCACAGCGACUGCAAGGAGUGCGAGGACGAAGCAUUGGUUCGACACAUGGCCCUCCAAGCGGUCUGUCGCCGUUUCGCUGUUGUCGAAUGCUGGCUGCGGGAACGCCUGGGGAACUUGAAGCCGCAGCGCAAGGACUUAGUGGUCUUCUUGCCCGUGCUGCGGGCAGAACUGGAGAAGCUGAAAGCCGUGCUCGCAGCGGUCACCGCAGGCUCCUCGGGAGCAGAGGCGCUCACGGCCAAGGCCCUUGCGGCACGUGACAGGGCCGAAGCCCGCUACGCCGCGGCUGCUGCAAGCGUGACUUCCUUGGCGCAGAGGGGCCCCAACCGGCAGCAGAGACAGGGCUGCCCAUCGCCGCCACCGCCAUCAGUGUCGCCUUUUCCAUCCCCUGGCCCAGCCUCGUCGCCGCACUCGCCUCUACCUCCCAUCCAGCCGCCGUCUUCGGCUGUAGAAGGCAUUCAGAGGUGGGUGGAAAGCGUUCGGCAAACGGGAUCCGUGGCAGCGAGUAGCAAUGACAGAGAUUGGCGGCGUCAGCUCGACUUCUUGAGGGCAGGUUUAACAGGGACCAAGGCAGUGUGCCUGAGUCCGGAUAAAGGUUCAAGGCUGCCCAGCCUGAGCCGCAAAGUCAGUAUGAACUUGGAGGAGUGCCCGAUUUGUUUGGAGCCGCUGCGGCCGCCGAAGCAGAUGCACAUGCUGGGCCUGGGCUUGUUUUGCGGUGGCUGCCUCUUUGAGUCAGAGGUGUUUGCGGCAUUUGUGGCUGGGCCCGCACAAGCUGAUGCAGAAAGGAGCCUGAUUGACGAUGUGGGCUUGCAGUCUGUCGUGCAGACUUGCAGCAUGCUUCGGGACUUCACCGUCGCGUCCCACCGCAUCACAGAUGAAGGGGUUCGACUUAUGCUGUCAGCCUGCCGCGAGCUCUGUCGGCUGCGAUGUGGCGGCUGUGGAAUCACAGACGCUUCCUUGCAGUUCCUGGCAACGUUAACGCAGCCACGGCUGGAACGCUUCUCGCUGUGGUUUUCAGGUGUCACCUCCCAGGGGCUGCACCAAGCCGAAGAAGACAUGCCUUGGACAUAUUUCGACGUGGACAUCUCUUGA